AUGAAUAUUAAUUAAACUACUCAUGAAAUUUAAUCUUGUAAACACGCCAAGAAAUCUUUCUCCAUCGCUUCCUUGUAUCCUGAUCCCAACAAACUCAGGAAUAACAAAAUACUCAGCCACAACAUCCAAAUCAGUCGCGGAGAUUCCAUGACUCGGAUCUCCUACAUUGACAAAGAAGAUUACAUCGACCAGAUUCAAAAGCUAAAGAAGAACAACAACCUACUAAGACAAGACCUUAAGCAAGUCAAGUCCCAACUCAUGUAUUAUCAGGUAUAAAGUGUUUGAUUAAGAAAGAACUCGAAAGUUUACAAUCAUAAUGUUAAGAAUCGGAUAGUAUUUCAGUUCCACUUCAAUAGCAGGUCAAAAUUAAACAGCUUCUCAAGACUCUUUAACAGAAGGAAUCAGAAAUUGAGUAUCUUAAAAAUCAAUUGAAGAUCGAUUAAUUAACUGAACAAUAAGAAUAAUUGUAAAAAUUGAGGGCAAUUUGUGAAGUACAAAAGCAGAAACUUCUCAAUAGUGAAUCUGAAAUUAUCAUCCCCUCUAAAACCAAUGUCGUUAAAGAUUUAGAAGAAGACAAUGUUAGACUUGUCGAAAUCGUAACUGCCCUCGAAGAAAAAGUUAAGGGGCUUGAUCACAUAAAGAAAUAAAAUACCAUAUUUCAAAGCAAAAUUUAGAAUCAAUAAAAGCUAAUUCUUCAAUUACAGUUAGAAAUUAGAUAGUACAAAGACAGAGACACCAUUUUUAAUAAUAAACCCACCAAAUAAAAUAAAUAAGAAAAUCUUAUUUAAAAAUUAUCAUCUGAAAUCAACAAAUUAAAUCACUCAAAUCAAAUUCAAUUGUCUCAAACCGAUAAACUCAAGUCUAAUUUAUCAAAUCAGUAAGAUAAAUAUGAAAAAAUUAUCAUGGAAAAAGAUGAAGAAAUCUUAACCUUAAAACUCAAAAUAGAGAGUCUCAAUAAAAUUAUUAAUGAAGAACACUAAGGCUUGUCUGAAUAGAGAUACAGAAAGCCAGGUAAAAACACACUCUUACUCAAACCAUCCUCAUUUGCAAAUAUGACUGAAAGUUUAAAAUUUAAUCAAGAUCUUGUUCUCACUUCUUAAAGAUCUCAAAGUGCAACUCAACGUAAACAACUUGUCUUAGUUACUAAACAAGAUCUUUAGUAGGUUCCCAAAAUUCUUAAAUAUCAAUUACUUAUUAAUCAAAUAAGUCUUAAUGACAUCGAUUAAGUAUUUCUCUCUAUAUGUAACUUAGCAUUUGUUCUGUCAAAUUUCAUAAGAGGACGUUCAAUUAAAAGACUUGACUGAAUCCUUCCAAAAGUCACUCUUCAAAUUAAAUUAAUAAUAGGCCUAUCAAUUAAGCCUCUACUUGAUGGAUUCUGAAGAGGGAAAUGAGACUUAAUCCAAAUAGAGAAUUAGGAGUAUUUUUAAAACCUUAGUUGAUAAUUACUAAUUGCCAUCAGCUUAAGAGAUUAUCAAUAUGAGAAAAGAGCUCUCCUUAAUUUUUAAUGAAUAGGGAUUCUAAUACAUUAAAAAUCAACUCACCCUCAAAUAUGGACUUUAAGUAAAAAAGUAUCAAAUUUAUGUAAAUUACUAAUAUUAAAUUUAGGAUUUAUUUGAAAUAUUACAAUUGAAGGACAUUAAAUUAUCUAAGCAAACAAAAGAGUAUAUGGAAGCUCUGCUAUUUUAAUAAAAUAGUCAAACACCAAAUGUUUUUUAAAUCGAUUAAUUAUAACUGAUGUUUUGUGAUAAUUUUUGA